UAUUCUUAUUACACAUACACAUAUAUAACAAUGGGAGCUGCCGAUAACUUCUUGCCAUCCGCCAUUCCUUCCCUCGAGAAGAAUGUCAUGAUCAUCUGUGGAAUCCUCGACUUCUUCUUGUUCGGCAUUGGAACCAUCAUCCUCGGUGUCUUGGACAACUGCAAUGUUUGGUGUGUCAUCAUCGGAGUCCUCCAGUUGUGUCUCCCAUUCGUCGGUUGGUUCUGGUCCAUCAUCUGGGGUGUCAUCAUCCUCCUCAAGGGUCUUGAGAAG